AUGUCGGGUCAGUCCGCCUAUAGGCCAUUGUUACCGCUGUCCUCAGAUGCCCCGCCACGUCUCUCUCAGGCCGUGGUGCCCAAGCGGAAGAGGACGCAAGUCUUGUCAGCCUGCGCCAGUGUGUUUGUUCCAUUCUCAAGUGACUGGCUUUCUAGCAAUCUAACGAAUUGUUCAGACUGCCGAAAGCGAAAAGUCAAGUGCGAUGGGGCCCGGCCAACCUGCCAUGGCUGCGCCUCGUCCAAUACACCCUGCGCUUACCCCCUUGCCGAAGGGAUCAGUCAGAGGGAAGCUCAGAAACGAAAGCUCAGUAGUAUUUCAGCAGCGCACGAGAAGAGCCAAAGAGUUCUAGAGCUGCUUCGAGCAAGCCACGAUGACGGAGCGGAUGAUAUUUUGAAGCAGCUGCAGGGAUCUGAUGAUAUUGAAGAGGCUAUCCAGUCAAUAGCCGACGCCAGCCUUCUCCUCCCAAAUAACCUUGGGCGCUACAGUCAGUGUUUCGAUGAGUUAACUGACUCUUCCACAACAGCAAGAGAUAGUCUUGUUAGCCCUUCUGAUGAGAUCAUGCCCGUAUCGUGCUGGACCAAGAUCUCUCAAGACGACAAGGCCUUGACACAUCUCGUCAAUUCAUUCUGGAUUUGGGACAACACGUUGUCGCAUCUCGUAGAUAGAGACCUCUUGGUCUCCUCCCUGGCAUUCACCGACGGCAAUACUACAUUCAGUGAAUAUGGCCAAUUCUGCUCGCCAUUACUUGUCAACGCCAUCCUGGCUGUGUCUUCACUACAUGCAACAAGAAAUGCCUCCGAAUCGAACUCGGCAGAUAUUCUGACGCUUAGCCACCAGUUUGCCAAUCACGCAUUUGAGCUUCUAGAAUCGGAGCAGAGUAUGAGCUCCUUGACUCUACUACAAGCUGCUGCCAUCUUAUGGACCUUUGCCAGCAACAAGGGAUCUCACCACGGACGAAGUCAGUGUGUGAGCUUGCAGAGCCUGCUGAAAAAGACUUGGUCUUCUGUUGAUCUAGAUGGUCUAGGCUCCAGGCUGAUUGCAUCCUCGAGGGAGAAUGAUGGUGUUCACGUGAAAGUGUGUCAGGCAGUUUCCCGCAUGACGUGGGGAUUCUACUGCUUUUUCUCCAAAGCGUCCACAAUCACCUCCCCAGAGAUGCUAGUCCCGAGGCCUCUCGUCAGCACCAUAUUUGAAAAUUUGGACAGCCAAGGCUAUUCCAGGGUAGAUCCAGCAUCACAUCUUGAAAGAGCUCCUCAAUCCUUGGAAAUGUUCGUUGCGGAAUGUGCCCUCUGUGAGAUCGCUGCUCAAUUCGUCAUCGAAUCCGCUCGUCAUGAGAUGGACGGUAGUCAUCACACGGCGCUUUACAACAAGCUAUUAUGCUGGCAACUAUCCUUCCCCGACCAUCUUAUGACGGACAACAAUUUCCCUUCAUCUGUUUUAUUGCUUCAGGCCAACUACGACUUUAUCGCACUGCGUGUCCUGUCAAGUUAUUUAAGACACGCGAACACCGAUGUCUUGAACGGUCAUAACGUCGCUUCCCUCCAAGUUGGUCAUGCGAGCUCCAUGAUGACCAGCCUUUGGACCUACCGCGGCAUAUAUCAGAUCCGGCACGAGUACUGGGCAGCCGAGUACUGCUUCUUUGUCGUCCAAGAUCUCUUGCCUCGUCUCGAUUCGGACACUGCGACAUUCACAGUACGCGACAUUAUCGGCAAAGCUUGCUGCAUUAUCAAUGAGAUGGUCAUUGCCGGAGUUUCAGGCCGCGCACAAUCAAUGCUCACCGAUAUUGAGAAGCAGGCGAGAGCAUCGAGGAGGACAGUCCCAGCGUACGGCAGGCAGUCGGCGAGAGGGGAAAGUAGGCCUAUGAUUACGAUACGCGGGCUGCGGGUGUUUGAUGGUGAGGAAGACCGGAUGCUAGAUUCUCCAGUUGGAACUUUCACGGUCAAGUUUCGAGACAAGAUUCAUGCCGUUGACUGA